GUAGGGACGGCCCCGCCGUGCUGUGCCUGUCCGGCGGCGGGCUCUCGGCUGAGUGAGUGCCGUAUUCAGUGCCGCUACGAGAAAGUGAAGUGAAUCCACUGUCACCAUGUUCCUGUACAACCUCACGUUACAGCGUGCCACGGGCAUCAGCUAUGCCAUCCAUGGCAACUUCUCAGGAACCAAACAACAAGAAAUUGUUGUUUCUCGGGGCAAGAUCUUGGAGCUGCUCCGCCCAGACCCCAACACAGGGAAGGUUCACACCUUGCUGACGGUGGAAGUGUUUGGGGUCAUCCGCUCCCUCAUGGCCUUCCGGCUGACAGGAGGGACCAAAGACUACAUUGUUGUGGGCAGCGACUCAGGGCGCAUUGUUAUCCUGGAGUACCAGCCUUCCAAAAACGUGUUUGAGAAGAUUCAUCAGGAAACCUUUGGCAAGAGCGGAUGUCGCAGGAUUGUUCCAGGCCAGUACUUGGCCGUAGACCCGAAGGGCCGUGCUGUCAUGAUCAGUGCUAUUGAAAAGCAGAAGCUGGUGUAUAUCUUAAACAGAGAUGCUGCAGCUCGGCUCACCAUUUCCUCCCCACUGGAAGCCCACAAGGCCAAUACCUUGGUCUACCACGUGGUGGGAGUCGACGUGGGGUUUGAAAACCCAAUGUUUGCUUGUCUGGAAAUGGAUUACGAGGAAGCAGACAACGAUCCAACAGGAGAAGCAGCGGCCAACACACAACAGACCUUGACGUUUUAUGAGCUGGACUUGGGUUUGAACCACGUAGUUAGGAAAUACAGUGAGCCUCUGGAAGAGCAUGGCAACUUCCUUAUAACAGUCCCUGGUGGUUCUGAUGGACCCAGUGGGGUGCUGAUCUGCUCAGAAAACUACAUCACUUAUAAAAACUUUGGUGACCAGCCGGAUAUCAGAUGCCCAAUUCCCAGGAGACGGAAUGACUUGGAUGACCCAGAGAGAGGUAUGAUCUUUGUCUGCUCUGCUACACACAAGACCAAAUCCAUGUUCUUCUUCCUGGCCCAAACAGAGCAGGGAGACAUCUUCAAAAUCACCCUGGAGACUGAUGAGGACAUGGUCACUGAGAUUCGACUGAAGUACUUUGACACCGUGCCCGUAGCUGCUGCCAUGUGUGUGCUGAAGACAGGAUUUCUCUUUGUGGCAUCUGAGUUUGGAAACCAUUAUCUGUACCAGAUAGCCCACCUGGGUGAUGAUGAUGAGGAACCAGAGUUCUCUUCUGCCAUGCCUCUGGAGGAGGGAGAUACAUUCUUUUUUCAGCCACGACCUCUCAAAAACCUGGUGCUGGUGGAUGAAUUGGACAGUUUGUCUCCUAUUCUGUGUUGUCAGAUAGCAGAUCUUGCCAAUGAGGACACACCCCAGCUGUAUGUGGCCUGCGGUCGGGGGCCACGGUCAUCUCUGAGGGUUCUAAGACAUGGACUUGAGGUAUCUGAAAUGGCCGUCUCAGAGCUGCCCGGUAACCCCAAUGCUGUAUGGACUGUGAGGAGACACGUUGAAGAUGAGUUUGAUGCCUAUAUCAUUGUGUCCUUCGUCAAUGCCACCCUGGUGCUGUCUAUCGGAGAGACUGUAGAAGAAGUGACUGACUCUGGAUUCCUGGGUACUACACCCACCUUGUCCUGCUCUCUUCUGGGGGAUGAUGCCUUAGUACAGGUGUACCCAGAUGGCAUCCGGCACAUCCGAGCAGAUAAGAGGGUGAACGAAUGGAAGACACCAGGGAAGAAAACAAUUGUGAAAUGUGCUGUGAACCAGAGACAAGUAGUGAUAGCACUGACUGGAGGAGAGCUGGUUUAUUUUGAGAUGGACCCGUCAGGACAGCUGAAUGAGUACACUGAAAGAAAGGAGAUGUCGGCUGAUGUCGUUUGCAUGAGUUUGGCCAACGUUCCACCUGGGGAGCAGCGCUCCCGGUUCCUUGCUGUUGGGCUGGUGGACAACACUGUCAGGAUUAUUUCCCUCGACCCUUCGGACUGCUUGCAGCCGCUGAGUAUGCAGGCCCUUCCUGCACAGCCCGAGUCGCUGUGUAUCGUGGAGAUGGGUGGCACCGAGAAGCAGGACGAGCUGGGGGAGAGGGGCUCCAUUGGCUUUCUCUACCUGAACAUUGGACUGCAGAACGGUGUGCUGCUGCGAACUGUCCUGGAUCCGGUUACGGGUGAUCUUUCCGAUACCAGGACCAGGUACCUGGGCUCACGGCCUGUGAAGCUCUUCCGAGUCCGAAUGCAAGGCCAAGAAGCGGUGCUGGCCAUGUCAAGCCGUUCCUGGCUCAGUUACUCCUAUCAGUCCCGUUUCCACCUGACUCCCCUGUCCUAUGAGACUCUGGAGUUUGCGUCUGGUUUCGCAUCUGAGCAGUGCCCAGAGGGUAUUGUGGCCAUCUCCACAAACACGCUGAGGAUUUUGGCACUGGAGAAAUUGGGGGCAGUCUUCAACCAGGUUGCCUUCCCAUUGCAGUACACACCUCGAAAAUUUGUCAUUCACCCUGAGAGCAACAACCUGAUUAUCAUUGAGACGGACCACAACGCUUACACUGAGGCCACCAAGGCACAGAGAAAGCAACAGAUGGCUGAGGAAAUGGUGGAGGCUGCAGGUGAAGAUGAGAGGGAGCUGGCUGCAGAGAUGGCUGCAGCCUUCCUCAACGAGAAUCUCCCCGAAUCCAUCUUUGGUGCUCCAAAGGCAGGGAACGGGCAGUGGGCCUCUGUCAUCAGGGUGAUGAACCCCAUCCAGGGAAAUACUUUAGAUCUGGUCCAGCUAGAGCAAAACGAAGCUGCCUUCAGCGUGGCUGUGUGCCGCUUCUCCAACACGGGUGAGGAGUGGUACGUGCUGGUGGGAGUUGCCAAAGACCUGAUUCUGAACCCGCGCUCCGUCGCUGGGGGCUUUGUCUACACCUACAAGCUGGUGAAUGGUGGUGAGAAGCUGGAGUUUCUGCACAAGACCCCCGUGGAGGAGGUUCCUGCAGCCAUCGCCCCUUUCCAAGGUCGAGUCCUGAUUGGAGUGGGAAAGCUCCUGCGUGUGUAUGACCUGGGCAAGAAGAAGCUGCUUCGGAAGUGUGAGAACAAGCACAUUGCCAACUACAUCUGUGGGAUUCAAACCAUCGGGCACAGAGUGAUCGUUUCAGAUGUUCAGGAGAGCUUCAUCUGGGUGCGCUACAAAAGGAAUGAGAACCAGCUCAUCAUCUUUGCUGAUGACACUUAUCCCCGCUGGGUCACCACAGCAACUCUCCUGGAUUAUGACACCGUGGCCGGAGCAGACAAGUUUGGCAACAUCUGCGUGGUGAGGUUGCCUCCCAACACCAAUGAUGAGGUAGAUGAGGAUCCCACCGGCAACAAAGCUCUCUGGGACAGAGGGCUUCUUAAUGGAGCAUCACAGAAGGCUGAAGUGAUUAUGAAUUACCACGUGGGAGAGACAGUGCUUUCAUUGCAGAAGACCACGCUGAUCCCGGGAGGCUCCGAAUCUCUUGUCUAUACCACCUUAUCAGGGGGAAUAGGGAUCUUAGUUCCUUUUACUUCCCAUGAGGUAAGCAAGCCCCAUCUUAAUGCUGCAGAGCCGCUGCUUUUCUGCCCUUCUGUCCCCAACCAGUGUGUUAAUUUGCUUCAUUCCUUGGGAGGAACUGCAGGGCUCUGCAGUCUGUGGAAACCAGGCUCCCCUCUCUCCCCUCUCUCCCCUCUCUCCCCUCUCUCC